AUUCACUGGCUGUCAAUUAUCAACUCUGUGGUGCUGGUCUUCCUGUUGAUAGGAUUUGUAUUUAUCAUUCUGAUGAGAGUGCUCAAGACUGAUUUUGCAAAAUAUAACGUAUCCGAUGAUGAAGAAAUGGAUGACAUACAUGAGUUAGAUCAUGAUGAAGUGGGUUGGAAGAUCUAUCUUGCAGACGUUUUUUGUUUUCCACCAUACAAAAGCUGGCUUUGUGCUAUCCUCGGUGAAGGAUCUCAGUUUCUCACUCUUUGCUUUGGUAUCAUAUUCUUGGCUUUCCUGGGUUUAUUUAAUGUUCACAGAGAAAUCGAUUUGGUCACUAAAAAGAUUUUUUUUACCUUUUUAGGCAUUUCAGGCUAUGUAUCCAGUAACUUUUAUAGAAAAAUUGGAGGAACCAACUGGGUGUGGAAUGUUGUCUUAACAACCAGUAUUUUCUCAGUGCCAUUUUUUAUGAUCUGGAGUGUCAUCAACUCGACUGCUUGGUAUUAUCAGUCCACCCAAGCUCUGCCCUACACCACCAUAAUUCUCUUGAUGCUCAACUGGCUCAUUGUUGGGUUUCCAUUAACCAUCCUGGGUGGAAUAUUUGGCAAGAACUGGGCUGGAAGCUUUAAUUCCCCAUGCAGAACUAAGAACAUUCCCAGAGAGAUUCCUCCCAUACCAUGGUAUCGUAGCACCUUGGUGAGGAUGGUUGUUGGAGGUUUUCUACCAUUCAGGUUUGUUUAUUUUAUUGCUUGUUUGCAAAUAUUUAUGAACAAUAGAAGGUUCUGUAGUAAAGUAAUGUUAUAUUCAAAAUGUGAUUUGCAUGUUCAGUAA